GUGCUCUGCGAGCGCAUCUCGCGGGGUCACCCGAUGGCAGCAGCUGGGCAGGGAGACUGGUAGUGCUGCUGCUGCCGUUGUGCGGCUCUUGGAACGGGAACGGGAGAGGCUGACCGGUAGGUUCCUCUUUAAGUUUACGUGACUUUUUAAACGCCUUCGUUUUGCUACUUGACCGCUUCUUUUGUAAAAAGGAAGGAUCUCCUACGCUCUGUUUUUUGGCAUCUUUUUAUGAAUAAGACUUUUGCUCCAUUUCAUUGCAACUACGAGCUGGUUUAUUACCAGAGGAGACGCGAUACAGCGGCGUCUGUCAGUGCUACGGUCUGCGAGUGCUGCCUCGCACCUGCGGCCAGGUAUAAACUCACAGCUGUGCUUUACUGCCGAGGGGUAUUAGCAGCGUUUCAAACAGCAACAAAGGUCUUCGAAGGGUGAAGAAGGCGUUUUAUCGCGCGUCUCUGCGAUGCGAUCAGCGGGGAGGGGUGGGAAGGCUCGGAGUUUGACUGUAACGCGGCUCAGUGUAAGGACGGGUCCGGUCUUUCCGAAGCCUUUUUCUGGGGGUGACAAAGUUGUGCUGCAGCUCCUGCCUCGUUCUCUCCAUUGGGCGGCUGCCCUCUGCUGUCUGAAACUGCCUUCCCAGUGCUGGAGUGCUGCGUGGGGAUGGCGGGGAGGUGAGCAGGGCGGGCUGCAGGUAACUCCUCGCCUUAUGCUGUCGGAGGAAGCUGUUGGGUGCACUGUUCGGGCACGGCGAAGACUCUUUGCUUGUGCCAGUGCUCCACAGGAUGCUUCCACCUUUCCCCUGCCAGUUAAAUCAACCCGAUGACUUUUAGAUUUGAGGAGUGCAAUUGAAAUGCACACUGGAACAGGUUGCCCAAGGAGGCUCUGGGUGCCCCAUCCCAGGAGGCAUUCAAAGCCAGGCUGGAUGUGGCUUCUGGGCAGCCUGGUCUGGUGGUUGGCGACCCUGCGCAUAGCAGGGGGGUUGAAACUCAAUGUUCAUUGUGGUCCUUUUCAACCCGGGCCAUUCUGUGAUUCUAUGAAAUUGAGAUUACAUCGACUGAAAAACCCUCAAACGUCAUUUAAGGGAGCUACUGGGGUGUGAAGCAGAUGACAGCAGACUGCGUAUGAAUACGUACCCUUAACAGUGAGUUCUGUUACCUGAUGCACAGUGUCAGUGUGACUUGGUCUGUUGUGGGCAUCUAUAGUUAACUAAUGCUGGUGUGUAUUAGCUUCGUGGGGGUGGAGCAGUGAAACCUAUCACUGUUACCUUCUUGUUUUUGUAUUUCCCUAAGCACUGUUACACAGCAAAUACAUUUGAUACACAUCAGGUGUUUCUUGUUAUAUUGCUUGGAGACUGUCUAAUUUGAUAGCUUGCAAAACGCAGCCAGCAUCCGCUAUUAGUCUUUGCCGUAGAAAGAGCCAGUUUAAUGAUGGCCUUUGCAGGAUCAUUAAGAUUGGAAAAGACCUCUAAGAUCAUCCAGUCCAACCCCAACCCACCCUCACCGUGCCCACACUCCACAUCCCUCAGUGCUGCAUGUCCACGGUUCAUGAUCACCUCCAGGGGCAGUCACCACCACCUCCGUGGGCAGCCUGUGCUGGUAUUCCCAACAAUGAAAGAACUCAGGCCCAAUAUUUGAGCUGGACACCUUUGGUCUGCUGUGUCUGAAGUCUUUUUCAGUGACCUUUUAGGGUUGGAGUAUUCCUCUGCACCGUGCUGGAGGAAAGGCAUUUUCUUUUUUGUUCUUAGAUAGCUGUGGUCGUCUCCUGCCUGAUUUGCUUUAGUUUGCUUGGUUGAGGUAUUUCAGGAAUGAUCCCACAGUUGUGAUCAACGUAGCCCCAGCAGGGUUUAAAUAUGUGUAAGCUCAACAUAAUUGUGAAGUUUUGUUUGAAUAAUCUUUGUGUGAGGGAGAUCCUGGCUGCCUUCUUGCCCAGGGCGCGCUGCCUCCUGCCGCGAUUCAGCUGCAUGGCUAAUUGUCAAGUACACUGAAGUUACACGUUUUCUUGACACAAUACUAGUGCACGCUGUUCUCUGCAGCCCAAGGCACUCUGCCUGGGGUUCAUAAACACAUGUAUAGUCCCAUUCGCCUCCCCGUGCUCAGAGGGAGGUUGGUUUGCAUCUCUAAUUAAUUAAGUUUGUGAAGGAAUAAGUCAGUAUGUUAACUGAAAGUUCCCUCGGGAAUUGUAGGCUUGCUUCAUUAGCUGCCCUGGUGUAACCGUACCAUCCUUUCACAUGUAAGCUGAGGGGAGAGCAAAUGCUACAUGGAGCAGAAUCCUUCCUCUGGUGUGAGCUGCGAGGGGAAGCGAGCUGCCUAUGCAGCACUCUGCAGCCCCCUUCUGUUACGGUGAUCUUUUUCCACCUGCCCAUUCCUGCUAUCGGCGUGACGUCUCAGGCUGGAACAGCAAACUGUGUGAGGUGGCUGAAGAACCUCUCGGUGGAGUCAGAGAGUAGGUGGGAGCUUUUUGAGGAUUUCAGAGUGCUGUGAUCUAGCAACAAGCGGUGUUCAGAAUGGCUGGCUUGACCACUCUAAUCCUCCUUUUGUGUGCUGCUAAGGAUGUGAUGCCCUCCAGUCCUCACUGGAAGCCAACUUGGCCCUCGUACAGAGUUCCAGUUAUCCUGCCACAGUCUACCUUUCACUUGGACAAACCACAGUUCGAUGCUGAAGCCAGACUGGAAGUGGCAUCUCCGUGUGGCCCAGAGUGCCACAAAAGUUCUCCGCUUCCAACUUAUGAAGAAGUGAAGAACUACCUGUCCUAUGAAACCUUGUAUGCUAACGGUAGCCUCACUGAAACCGAAGUGGGCAUAUAUAUUCUGAGCAGCGGUGGUGAUGAGUCUCGAGGCAAAUCUCGAACUAAGAGGCAGAUCUAUGGCUAUGACAGCAGGUUUAGCAUUUUUGGGAAGGACUUCUUGUUGAAUUACCCGUUCUCCACGUCAGUGAAGCUAUCUACAGGUUGCACGGGGACGCUAGUGGCUGAAAAGCACGUGCUCACCGCUGCUCAUUGCAUCCACGAUGGCAAGAGUUAUGUCAAAGGAGCUCAGAAACUGCGGGUGGGGUUCCUGAAGCCUAGAGGGAAAAAUGGCAGCAAAGGGGCCAACAUCACCAGCUCAGCAAUGCCUGAGAAAAUGAAAUUCCAGUGGAUCCGGGUGAAACGGACACAUGUCCCCAAAGGAUGGAUCAAAGGCAAUGCCAAUGAUAUUGGCAUGGAUUAUGACUAUGCCCUGCUGGAGCUCAAGAAGCCUCAUAAAAGAAAGUUUAUGAAGAUAGGUGUGAGCCCGCCAGCAAGACACUUGCCUGGAGGGAGAAUUCACUUUUCUGGCUAUGACAAUGAUCGACCAGGAAACCUGGUGUACCGUUUCUGUGACGUCAAAGAUGAAACGUACGACCUGUUGUACCAGCAGUGUGAUGCCCAGCCAGGUGCCAGUGGAUCUGGGGUGUACGUGAGGAUGUGGAAGAGGCAGAAUCACAAAUGGGAACGUAAAAUUAUUGGCAUAUUUUCAGGCCAUCAGUGGGUGGACAUGAAUGGCACCCCGCAGGAUUUCAAUGUAGCUGUUCGCAUCACACCCCUCAAAUACGCACAGAUCUGUUACUGGAUCAAAGGCAACUAUCUUGACUGCAGGGAAGGAUAAAGAUAUUGAAACUCCUUGAAAGCACUUAAUGACUGGUUUUAAAUGAGGAAAGGCUAGACUUUUGCUGCAAAUGCGUGUGAUAGGGUUUUGUAACAUCAGGAUGUGAUAUAUGGCUUUUCAAGUGAGCCGCCUUGUUGUCGGGACAGAGGCUACGUGGUGCUAUCAUAGCAGCUAGAACCUGGGGAGCAAAGGGGCAUCAUCUGGGUGGGGGAAGGAGCAGGUGGACUUGCUGGAUUUGCAGUUGAGCAACUGAAGAUUAAUUAGGGGCGGAUCAGUAAACAGUUCAAACUCAGAACCAUCUCCAAAGAAUCCUAUGAAAGGGACGCUGUUGACUGUCUCAUGCCUACAAUGUUUGUUUUAAUAAAUCCUAGGAUUAGUAGAAGUGCUUUGAUCUGAACUUUUAAAAGAAAAUAUUUCUAUGCUGUUGGGGGCUGAAGAGGAGCAUUUAAUGGUGUUUGCAACCCAAACAUUACAGCUUUGUGUUCCUGCAUGAGAAAGGGAGUGUGAAAAGGGCAAAGCAUGCGCUGUGGGAGAUGAAUGCCACACAAAUAGCAUGAAGGGUAAAUAACUGCAUAACACUUGUAACCUUCUUUCAGCCUGAGUGAUUCAAGACUUUAUCAGUAACAUAGUUAAGAAAAAUGUUUUUCGAGCAGACAGACCUUGAUCUUAACUGCGAAGAUGGUGUUGGUUGUAGGAGCAGUGCCAUUGCAUCCUGCUUUUGGAAAUCAUACCUGGGCUUACAUCGUUGUAGCAGCUGGGGCACAGCCUUACACCUGGCAGAAUCCCUAUGAAAGCAUAUGGGGACCGAUGCAUGUUUUUGGUUAUGUCUUAGAUUGUUUUUUUUUUAAAGGAAAAUCUCAUGUCAGCAACUUAGAGGGGAAGCCUAUCUUUGCUCUUGAUGGCCAUCUGAACUGCUGACUCUAAGGCAGACAAAGGAUGGAGCAGGACAAGGGUUGUCCUGAGUUUUCCACCCUUCUUGUUGAAGAUCCGUGCUGUUCUACCUAAAAAUAAGCAUGGUAGAGGGACCCUAGAUUUGUAUCUCUCUUUUGUAUCCCUUUCACGUUGUACUCUGUAGAGUACUUUGAUUUCUGUUUCUUGCGCUGUUUGGGUCAGGGACUCCCCUCCCCAUCAGAUCUUUGAGUUACAAAUAAUUCUUGGCAAGUGCACUGUUUAGUAAUUCUACAGCUGAAGUAGAGCCAAAUUACAGGAUGCAAUAUGAACUAGUUAUGAAGUGAUGCUCUACUGUCUUUUGAAGAUGUCAGCAAUUUUUAUUUUUACUACAGCAGAAUUUUAGUUUAAAACAAGAAGUGCCUUGCAUAGGUAAAAUCAGUCCAGACAAACCCUUGUGGCUUAGCAAACAGCAUUGGGAGGUCAGUGUGGUCUGUACAACUGCUGUUUCUCAGGUGGCUUGUGCCACACGGUUGACACAUGCUGCCUUGACAAUAUUAUUUUCUUAAAUAGGAUGCUGGCUCCAGUUCCAGUCUCAAUUCCAUCCAUCUCCCACUGUCUCCUAAAGCUCACCCAGUUGUCCUGGUGCUUGGUGUUAUGGGGCAAAGCCACGUCUCCUGUGUGAGAUGGCAGAGCAGGGAAGGAAUGAGUCUGAGCAGAGCUUCCCUGUGCUGUACAAGAAAAAUGUUAAUUCAGCUAAGCCUUUCUUUCACUCUUCUAAUUACUAAGGCAUUUGUAAACAUAUGCCUGAUGGUGCUUUCUGUUUGUGAUGGCUUCAGCUCUAGCUCUGAAAGCCAUUUCUUGCUAGAGCUGCCUAUGAUUAUUACCUGUAGAGGUGCAGCAUACAAAAACGUGGAUCCUCGUGGAGUUUGGUGCACUCAGAUACAAGCAGUUACUAAUGCUUCGAAAUAUGAAUAAUCGCCUCAUGUAUCUGACGUCUUUUUCUCUGCCUUUUUAUUUUAAUUUCUUUACUCUGUGGCUGUUAUCUGGAGCACUUUUGUUUGAAUGUAUCACAGUGAAUAAAGAGAAGUUAUGGAAUUUCAA